CCUAUUUUGUUGGCAGGAGAUUCGGCCGCCUCCUUACCUACUGAGCCAGUUGGCACCUCGCCACCUCCGAAACCGCGUGCCAUCAACUGCUAAAGCUGUUGAUGCUGGACGUCUGAUUCCGCGGCUUCUCUUCCGAUCAAGCAUUCUCUCAAAAUUUGAUUGCUGAAGUGCCCCUAAAUUUCCUGCUUCUUGUCUUUUCGCUCUCUCUCUCUCUCUGAGUUCUCUCCGAUAAUUCUGUCAAAGGGGAGAUCAACGGGAAAGAAAUAUAAUGCUGAAUAGUUGCUUGUCUGCGGUUCUAUUCUUCCUUUUGACAGGCUUGGCUGCUUCUUCGAGCUUCAUUUCAGACAAUGUCUUUGAAUCUCAUGGAUCUAUUGGUCGAAACCUCCUUCAGGCGAAAAAAGGUUGCUCUGUGAACUUUGAGUUCCAGAACUAUACGAUAAUCACAAGCCAAUGCAAAGGGCCCCAGUACCCCCCCAAUAUCUGUUGUGCAGCUUUAAAAGAAUUUGCUUGCCAAUUCUCUGAGGAGUUGAAUGACCUCACUAACGAUUGUGCAUCAACCAUGUUCAGCUACAUAAACCUUAAUGGGAAAUAUCCCCCUGGCCUGUUUGCCAAUGAGUGCCGGGAAGGGAAGUUAGGACUGGAAUGCAAUGCAACAGCACCGGUGGGAUCUCUUAAUGAUACCAGUGGAGGACAGAUUGAUCAAAUUUUAUUGCCUUUUCCGCUGUUUGUAAGUUCACUUGUCGUACUGUUCCAAACAAUGUUAUAAAGCCCAGAGGUUGUAUGCCUUCAGAUGGGGGGUGGGGGUGUGUGUGUGUCCUCUCCAACAGCUUUUGAAGAACCAUGAUUUUUCUGCAGCCAGCCAUGUUGUACUUUCUGUAUCAAAUUCAUCGUAUUAGACCUCCUGCCCUCAAAUUUUUAGUUUUUCUGUGUAUUACUGGUUCCAUACAUGACAGAUACAUGCAAAGUUGGUCCUUGACCAAACCCAUCAUGGGCAUUAGAGCCAGGAAGAUUCUUGCCCCAGCAAUAAACUCAUGCCGGUGAUCUUGAAUGGUCCGUUUGGUUGCCAAGAAUGGAUGGGAUGAGAAAUGAAUUUUUUUUUUCUCAAUUUUACAUCCUGGGUUUGGUUGCUGAGACCAAAUGUGUGAGAAAAUUCAUUUUCCAGUGUUUGAUUGCUGGGAAAAUUGAACAAGAUACAUACUUGGUUCCAUUCUAUUUUGGUAAUGAAUUUAUAUCCCAUUUGGUUGUUUAUAGCUAAUAUAAAUUGUUUAUAAGAGAA